AUGCGUCAGGUUACGGGGAAUAUGACAUCGGUGGUCCGAGGGAUGGACAAGGCGAUGGAGAGCAUGAACCUAGAGAGGAUAUCGAUAGUGAUGGACAAGUUCGAGUCCCAGUUCACCGAUCUGGAUGUCCAAACGUCGUACAUGGAGGAUGCGAUGGGCGCAACAACGGCUAUCUCCACGCCGCAGGACCAAAUCGACAUACUCAUGCGGCAGACAGCCGAGGAGGCUAACAUCGAGCUCCAACACGAUCUCGCGGCGAAGGACGUUACAAGCCUUCCAGAUGUGGCGCCCACCGAAAGGCUGAAAGAUGAGGACGAUAAGCUGGCUGACCGGCUGAGGGCACUACGGCCUGCUAUAUGA